UAGGGAGGAUACAGAAGUCAUUACAGUAUUGAGUUUCCGUUAAGAGAACGGAGAGAGGACAGAUUUUCAUUUCAUUCUUCAUUUUCUUUCUGCUUUAAUUUCUCUCUCCCUUCAAUUCUCUUCUUCUUUUUGCUGUCUCUUUACUUUGCCCGUUGUAAGAAGAGAACCCAAAGCUCUCAACAACAACAGCUUAAUUCACAAAUCACAAUCACACAGCAUUUUGUUUCCUUUCUCACUUUCUAUUUACAGUAACAUGAGCAGCGUGCGCAUUGCACAUUACCACCUGGUAUGAAUCCCACCACUACUGCUGACCCAACGCAACCACCGCCACCGCCACUGCCACCGCCGGCGCAGCCUCCUCGUUCCUCCUUCAGCUGUGACCGACACCCACAUGAACAGUUCUCCGGAUUUUGUCCUGAAUGUCUCUGCGAACGCCUCACUACUUUAGAUCCUUCUUCUUCUUCCUCUACUAAUAAUAACCCUUCUUCUUCUUCCUCUGUCCUCAAAUCCCUUUUCUCUAAAACUUCUAAACCCACUUCAUUUUUCCCCGAACUUCGUCGCACUAAGUCCUUUUCCGCUUCCAAAAACGAGGCGUUAAGCUUCUUGAGUGGUUCUAGUUUUGAGCCCCAACGUAAGUCCUGUGACGUACGAGUCCGUAACACUCUCUGCUCCUUAUUUUCCCUUGACGAAGACACAAAAAAGACCUCCUCCCUAAACCCUCAUUCUGAGAAUACUGCUGAUGCUUUUGUCAAUAGACCCGUCCUCGAGUCUAAAGAAGAAGAGGAAGACGAACCAGAAAACGAUAACGCCAACCACAGAGAUAACGGAAAUGUGGUAAAUGAAGAAAUAACUGAAGAGUCCCCUGUGGAAAACAGUUUUGCAGAAAUUGUGGAAGAAGAGGUAGUGAAUGGAGAUAUAUUACUAAAGCCGAUGAAAGAUCAUAUAGAUCUCGAUUCUUCGCAGGCGAAAAAGCAGACUUCAGGAGGAGGAAGGGACUUGAAGGAAAUUGCAGGAAGCUUCUUAUCAGCUGCUUCAGUUUUCAGCAAGAAAUGGCACAACUGGAGGCGAAAACAGAAGGCGAAAAAACGAAACAAUGGUGACAACAACUCAUCUACUACACUCUCAUUGGAGAACCCCAUUUCGAGGAGGAAAUACAACAACAGGGACACUCAAUCGGAAAUUGCUGAUUAUUAUGGAUUCGGAAGAAGGUCUUGUGACACUGAACCUCGAUUUUCUCUCGAUAUUGGGAGGAUUAGUGUUGAUGAUCCCAGGUACUCUUUCGACGAGCCACGAGCUUCUUGUGAUGCCCAUUUUGUCGCGAGGAGCCUUCCGAGGAUCAUCCCGCCUAUGGUUUCAGUGAUAGAAGAUGUGCCAGUGGUUCAUGUUCCACGGGCUGAUGACCAAAUUCCGGUGGAAGAGCCGCGUGUUUCAGUGAGCUGCAUCAAUGAGGAUGGUGAUAGUGAUAUGCCUGGAGGGUCUGUUCAGACUAGGGACUAUUACUUGGAUUCGUCGUCCAGGCGGAGGAAGAGCCUUGAUAGAUCUAACUCAAUUAGGAAAACAGCAGCUGCUGUAGUGGCAGAGAUUGAUGAGAUGAAAGCAGUUUCCAAUGCUAAAGUUCUGCCUGAGAGGGACUCGAAUUCAAAUUCAAAUUCCAAUUCUCUAAGGGAUGAUUUAACGGAGACUUUUGAAUUGACAGGGUUUAAGGAUAAUGCUUCUGGGAUUGGGAUUGGGGAACGUAAAGGGUCAAAAAAAUCGAAGAAGUGGGCGUGGAAUAUAUGGGGUUUUAUACAUAGGAAAAGUAAUGGGAACAAAGAUGAGGAAGAGGACAGGUAUAGUAGAUCAAAUGGGGUGGAGAGGUCAUUUUCAGGAUCUUGGCAAGACAUAAGGAGGGAGACUAAUGGUGAUUUAAGAGGGGGUCUUAAUAGGAAUAUGUUUAGGAGUAAUAGCAGUGUUAGUUGGAGGAAUUCAACUAAUAUUGGUGGUGGAUCUUUUGGUAAUGUGAGGAAUCUUGGCAUUGAUGCUAAUGGUCAUGGUAAAAAGAAAGAUGAUUUUGUGUUGGAGAGGAAUCGGAGCGCAAGGUAUUCGCCUAACCAUAUGGAAAAUGGAUUCUUGCGGUUCCAUUUUGCUCCAAUGAGAGGCAGCCGGAGAAAUUUACCUGCGCAAACUAGGCCAAAUGGGAGGAGCGUGCUUCGACUGUAGUGAUAUCCAAGGAAUCCAAUUUGAGGCUCUGGGUGUACUACAAGUCAGUUAUCUUUCUUGGUAACAAGCGUGAGACUAAGUCAGUUCUGUUUGAGGUUUUCGCAUGGACUUGUUGUUAAGAGGCUCUAUGGUAGUUCAAUCAGAUAAGUUUGGGAGUAAUCCAAUUUUCUUGGGUUGUUUUCGGAGAACUGAUAUUGACACGAUAUGGUUGUUACCAACAAACUUAGCUGAGAGUAUUGGAUGUCAAAGAAUCAGAUUGCUCAUUUUGGAGAGACUGUAAUUUACACAGAUGAAGAUUCAAAUAGAGAUUGAGUAGAAAACCUGAAUCUUUCUUCCUUGGACGUAUAUAAAAGUUUAUCUGAAUUGGUAUAUGUGGUGUACAAAACAUGAGCUUGGUCCGUGGAUAGCAUUACAGCUUAUUUCUUGAUUGAUUGGGGUCUGUAUCUUUUGAGGGGUUAUUGCUUAAUUUUUGAAGUUAAUAAAUUUGUGCAUCUGUGGCAAUGUAAAGUCUUACUAGAGUAGUAUUAUUUUUCAUCUUAGCUUGUCCUUCUCUCUUGAAUCUUGAUAGACCUUCUGCAAUGGUAUCUAAUACUAUCUUGUAUUUCCCAGCUGUAACUAAUGCGGCACCUGCAUAUAAUUUUUAACUGAUUCUCAAGCAAUUUGUAGCA